UGAUCCUCACAGCAGAUCAAGGGGGCAAGGUUGGAUCUAGAUGACAUAUCCCUAAAUCCACCAUUUUUGUGAGGCUACAGGAAAGUGAUCACAGUCUAUAAUAAUCACAGAGAGCAGCAGUGAUGAAGCUGGUAGUUUACACAGUUUUAUUAUUGUCUGUGUUGAGCUCACAGGCAGAGGAUGUUUUGUCACCUACAUUAGAUAUCAUUAGUGAAAUUAAAAAGAUUACACUCAUGGAGGAAAAGUUUAGUGUUCUUAAUGAUGAAAUCAAGGAAUUGAGAAGCAAGAAUGAAGUACUGACAACACAGCUGAAAAUCUUUGAAGAGAGGCUAGAGAUUUCAGAAAAUAUAAAAGUAGCAUUUUCAGCUUCACUGUCAGCUUUGGAGAACAACUACAAAUUUAUUGGCCCUUAUACAAGAGCAACCACUCUUGUGUAUGAAAAUGCCAUUACUAACAUUGGAAAUGUUUAUGACAACAAAACAGGAAUAUUCACUGCACCAGUAAAAGGAGUUUAUUUUUUCAACUUUGUGGUCUUCAAUCCUCAUGACAUAUCAACUGGUGUGAGACUGUUAAAGAAUGGCAAUUUUGUGGUCUCAGCAACAGAUAACCCUCCCAAGCAAGACACUGAAGAUACCGCAUGCAACUCAGUUAAUCUUAUUCUUGAAAAAGGGGACGUCAUAUAUCUUCAGCUCAUGGAGCACCGUCGUAUCUACACAGAUGGUAACAGACGUAACACUUUUAGUGGACACCUUCUUUUUCCCAUGUCUACAACAUUGGUACCAGACAGAAUGUUGAUUUUUAUAGCACUAGCAGUUUUAAUGCUCAACGUGUGGGCUAAAGCAGCAGAUGAUUUUUUUGUACCAAACAUAAACAUUCUCGAAGAACUGGGGAAAAUAAAAAUCAUGGAAACAAGGAUGGAAGCUAUGGAGAAGGAAAUGGAGCGACUAAAAACAGAAAAUACAGCACAAACAAAAAAGCUGGAAGACACAAAGAUCAAGAUGGAUGAACUAUUAAAAGAAAAUGAAGCACAAGCAAAGGAGCUGGUGAUCAUACAUAGCACAACAAAUGAUGUGAAGAACAAAAUGGAUAACCUAAUAAAACAAAAUGAAGAUUCAAAAGUGGCUUUCUCAGUAUCUCUGUCCUCCUCUAAUGGACCACACAGUAGUUUACACACCCUGAUUUACAAACACAUCUUCCUCAAUACUGGAGAUGCCUAUGAUGCAAGCACAGGAAUUUUUACAGCACCAAUGAAGGGAGUGUAUGUAUUCAGGGUUUUCUCUAAGGCCUACGGAAGUCGAGAUAAAGCAGUUGUCGCAGGCCUGUUUAGAAACGGCCAGCAUGAAGUUUCAACAUAUGCACGACAAGAUGGUGGUUUUAUCGGCUCAUCCAAUGGACUUUCUUUGUUGCUGGAAAAGGGAGAUAAAAUAUGUGUAAAUCUCUAUCCUGGAUAUUGGAUUUUUGACAAUGAACAUCAUCACAGCACCUUUAGUGGACAUCUGCUUUUCCCCAUGUGAAUAGAAAAUACAUAAGGUUUGCUCAUUAGCAUUUUUGUAUAUCAAUGUGUAAUGACACAAAAUGUUAAAUUCACAUUUUUUUUUUCAUUCUAUAAGCCUAUAUGUUUAAAUGAAUGUGAUACGCAAUACAAAUCAAGUCAAUUUGAUCUAGUAUAACUGAUACCUCAGAUGUAACACCUUUAUUUAAGGAACCUAUAAUAUUAAACACGUGCUCUGUGUAUGCGUCUAUGUUAGAUAUUUCUCUAAAAUAUUUGGAAAUUAAAAUAGGUCUAUAUGA